AUCGAACUUCCGGUUCCAAGAACGACCACACCGGAAGUGGAAACGGACUCGAUCAAAAUGUUGGAAAUAUACUAAGAGAAAAAGCGAAUGUGAUAAACGCCGCUGAUGGUGUAAAUAGUAUAAAAAGUAAACCUGUAAGCUCAAGUGAUACUAGGAGUUACAAAGCUCCAAUAUAUUAUGAUUGUAGUAAGAUGGAUACUACUUCUGAAAUGUUGUCUAUGCAUCCCAAACGGUAUAACCCUAAAUUUAAAAACCCGUGCUGGUACGAAGACCUAACGGUUCCGGCAGUGUACGCUCAUAACAAGUUUUCAGGCUAUUUUCACAGUGUGAAGACAAUGUUUCGGGAACUGACCAAUAUCUGGCAGAAAACCAUAGAGGAGGACUCGAACCCUAAAAGAUUGAGGUGUUUACCCUAUUUCUUUAUUGCCGGUCAGCCGAAAUGUGGCAGUACAGAUCUGUACCAAAAGAUAUCUUCACAUCCGGAUGUUUCAAUGCCUCCUAAUAAAGAAUAUCAUUGGUGGGCUAGAAGGAGAUUUGGUUCGAAAUCGAACAAUUCGUCUAGCCUGUCAUUCGAUGACUAUACUGAUCUCUUUGAUAAAGUAGCUUUGUACAUUGAACAUGUCCACGACUCAACUCGAGCAGGUGACCAAGAGGAUUACCAUCCACUGAUUACAGGUGAUGCCUCAGCAUCAACUCUCUGGGAUAAUGACGAGUGGUGGAGCCUGAAAGAAAACUGUGGUGCGACUGAACCACGGUUCACCAAUGCAGAUUAUAUCCAUCAUUUCUUACCUCACGCUAAAAUUAUCGUUAUAUUACGGGACCCUGUCGAUAGGUUGUGGUCUGAUUAUCUUUAUUUUCUAAAAUCAAUGAAAUCGGCUGAGGAUUUCCAUAAAAAUGUUGCAAUGUCUAUAGACUCCUUUGAAACCUGUUUACUUGAAAAUACCUUCGCGUCUUGUAUAAAUAAUAAAACUAUAGCUAAUUUAGCAAGAGUUAGAUUAAGAAUUGGCAUAUAUUAUUCCUAUAUAGAGACAUGGCUCAAUAUUUAUCCACGUGAUCAAUUUUUUAUCCUGCGACUGGAAGACUAUGCCAGUAAUAUCAGGAACGUGAUGAAAAGAGUUUUUAAAUUCCUCGGAUUAAGGGAUUUGACCAGAGAAGAAGCAGAUUAUAUUCUCGGACAACCAGUCGCUAAUACCAGAAAGAAAGGUGAUAGAAAAUUUGGAAAAAUGAAAGAGGAAACUCGGAAAUUGCUCGGGGAUUUUUAUGAACCGUAUAAUAAAAAAUUGUCGGCAUUAUUAAACGAUAACCGGUUUAUGUGGAAAGACAAAUCCGACGAAAGACAGAAGUAUGCGACUGAGAGUUCCGUUUUCGACGAGCUCGGUGAUUAUCGUGAAAAACGUUCGGGACGUUCCUUAAAAGGAUCGUCGCAUAGUAAAUUAUUAAAAUCGUUAAGACAAAGAAUUAAAAACUGUGAAGACAAAAACACGUAA